ACGGUAACAGAAGAGUUAAAUAUGAGCGUCCAGCAAGGAUGAGUAGAUGAUGGCCGAUGUAACUGAUGGUAACUCCAGGUUGCGCUGUCGAUCCCGCCUCGUCCUGCACAAUCGAUUCCGCUGGAGGAACAACCAACAAAACUGAUGUUGCCCAAACGCACACAGAGAAAACGCUGACACGAUGGAUUUCAAUGUCAAGAAACUAGCGUCGGAUGCAGGUGUCUUCUUCACUCGUGCUGUACAGUACACAGAGGAGAAGCUUGGCCAGGCAGAGAAGACUGAACUUGAUGCCCAUCUGGAGAACCUGAUCGCUCGAGCGGACUGCACCAAAAACUGGACCGAAAAGAUCUUCAGACAGACCGAGGUGCUGCUUCAACCCAACCCAAUUGACCAAACUGGUGCACGUAUUGAAGAGUUUUUUUAUGAGAAAUUGGACAGAAAGAUCCCAUCCAGAAUCACCAAUGCAGAGCUGCUGGGACAGUAUAUGCAAGAUGCUGCAAAGGAAUUUGGGGCAGGAACUCCAUAUGGUAGUACUUUAAUCACUGUUGGAGAGUUUCAGAGGAGGUUGGGUGGAGCAGAGCGGGAAUUCCUACAGAUGUCAGCGAUUAACUUCCUCACACCACUGAGGAACUUUCUAGAGGGUGACUGGAAAACCAUUUCUAAAGAGAGAAGGCUACUUGAGAACCGACGUCUUGACUUGGACGUUUGCAAAGCUCGGCUCAAGAAGGCAAAGUUAGCAGAGGCCAAGGCUGCUGCUGCGCCUGACUUUCAGGAGACUAGGCCACGCAAUUAUGUUCUGUCGGCCAGUGCAUCUGCGCUGUGGAGUGAGGAAGUGGAUAAAGCAGAGCACGAGUUGCGUGUGGCUCAGACUGAGUUUGACAGACAGGCAGAGGUCACACGCCUCCUGCUAGAGGGCAUCAGCAGCACACACGUGAACCACUUGCGCUGUCUGCAUGAGUUUGUGGAGGCCCAGGCUGCUUAUUACACACAGUGUCACAAGCACAUGCAGGAUCUUCAGAAAGAGCUGAGCAGUGCGAGCGGAGAUACGUUUCCUAAUGCUUUUGCUGUGAACGCCUCCACGUCAGGGGUGUCAGCAGGCCCUUCUCCCCUUUCCACUGCCACCCUACCUGGGGCUUCUCCACCCAGUCGUCCCCCAAACCCCUCCAAUGCCCUUGAGUCCAGCACACUGAAGAUUGAGGAGGUGAAGCCUCCCUCCACUGGCACUCGCAAGGCCAAAGUGCUGUAUGACUAUGAUGCUGCAGAUACAAGUGAACUUUCCCUUCUCGCUGAUGAGCUUAUUACUGUCUACACGGUGCCUGGCAUGGACCCGGACUGGCUUAUUGGAGAGCGAGGCAACCUGAAAGGCAAAGUGCCUGUCACAUACCUGGAGCUGCUGAGCUAGAUGCCUCGUCCUCUUUAGAAAUACAGAGUCACACUGAAUUAUGCAUGAACAAAUAAUCAAGCACUCCUUAACACUCAGUUAAUUUAUCUGGUUUCUUUUUUUUUCUUUUUAGGUCUGUCAUGUUACUGUACAUAAAUAUGUAUUAUUAUUUUUUUAGGCCCUAUUUAUAUGUUCUAUGUGUAUGUUGUUUCAGUUGAACACUGUCCUGCCUAAUGCAUUUCUUUAAGUAAAGGAUUUUAUUUCCUUUGUGAUCCUGUGACUGCUAUAUUUUUCCAAGUGAAGAAAACAAACCGAAAAGCUUUUGUGUUGGAGCUGGAUCUGAGUCUGUGUGUGUGUGCGCACGUGUGUGUGAUCGAUCAUCAAGACCGUAAACAUUUAGGCUUUGCUUCUUUGUGUGUGAUCUCGUUCACCAUGCUUGUAUGUUUAUACGGUCAUUGCUUGAUAUCAUCACUUUUGAUUCCAAAGGCAGAAUUUUGUGUUUUGUCUGUGAUUUGAGAAGAUCGUGAAGGUAUUAGGUGCAGUUAUGAUGUAAAGUAUGUGGUUAACUGUGAUCUGCUCAUUCAUAAGACUGAUUUUCUUUAAGUCAAGUGGUGGUACUUCACAUCUGCUCCGUCAUCACCUCCACACUUUCAUCUUUGUGUUCUUAGCUUGUUGCAAAAUGCAAUGCAUAUUGAAAAAUACAAUGGAAAUAUAUAAUAAAGAGAGAUUUACUGGG